AUGGCGAACAUCAAAACCGUCCGCAAACGCCGCAAAUCCCCUUCCCCUUCCCCACCCCCUGCCACCACCGCCGCCGCUCCCGCCGACGAGGGCACCGACAACAGCAAGCCCCCAAGGGCAAAGCGCGCUCGCCGCCCCACGGAGAAAGCCCGCGCGAGCUUGAACCCCCCCAGCACCACCACCGGUGAGAAGAAAAACCGCCGUCCGAGGAGGAGCAGUAGACGGGACUCCGGACCCCUCGGCGACGACGACGACGCAGAUGAAGCCUUCCAGGAAGAAGAAGCGGCUGAUGAUCGGGAGGGCGAGGGGAAAGAGGUGAAGUUAGUCAAAGUCGCGGCGUUUCCUACUCUCGAAGUAGGUCAGACGCCCGAGAUCCCCUCGCACCGCCGUCACGGUCUCGAGAAGUUAGUCGACGAGCGGUUCGGACGCAAGAAGAUGGAGUGGCGAGCUCCGGACGGCGAGGCGUACGCGGCGCUCGCGCUUGCGGGCGUGGGAGAGGUGGCUGCUGAAGUGCAGUUCGGCGCUGUGUUUCCGCCGCUCAGGAGGGUGAUUGUCGAGGCGAUGUGGGAGGAGCUGGGGGCCGUGUAUAUUGAUACUAACCUUGCGGUGUGUUUGCUUCUUGACGUCACGCGCGAGGAGAUGGCGAGGAUUGUGGCGGAGAAUUGUGCGGAGUGGUGGGAGGAUGGGAGGUUCAUGGCGGCGCUGGACGCGAAGCGGAAGGGGCGGUUGGAGGGGCAGGUGGUGGAUGUUGAGGAGCCUGGGAAGGUGGAUGUGUUGAGGGCGAUGGUGUUUUUGAGGGGGAGGGGACUGCCGUUGGGGUUGUUGGGGGAGUGGGAGGGGGUGGAUGUUAGGGGGGCGGUUGAGUUGGAGACUGCUGGGAAUGGAGAACGAAGUCCACCGGAAGGCCCCAAUGAGAGAUAUGAUUCGGCUCGAUGGGAGCAAUCUUUGGGGUUUGAGGAAAGGAAAUGGGAUCCUCAUGAGGGACAGUUCACAGCGGUGAACAACCAGGCAUCGAACGAGAUGGGACGUCCGACAGUGACAUCGUAUGGGUCGCAGAACGUCGACACGAGACAGCCCGUCAAUGGAAUCCUUCAGUCUGGUAUCCGUCGUUCUGAAACCGAGCACUUGUCACCCGCGAUGACAGCUAAGCAUUUCCUCCAGCAACGCAUGAUGGAGAUGGCUCAACGGGACAAUAAUAACAACCACACUGGCCCACCACCACCUCAUUCUGCACCUCCACCUCCAGCUCAUGCUUCACCUAUCCAAUUCACGCAACCGAUCACAGCCCCCCAUCCUCCUGGUGGUGCUUCCAACCGCAACGUCCCCGACGCAUCAGAAGCCCGCGACGCCCUCAGACAAAUCAUCUCGCAACGCGGCAACAACGCCGCCCACGGCCGCCCUACUACCGGCGUCAACAGGCCCACCACGGCCGCAGCCUUCAACGAACACUACAGCCUCAUCUUCAGCCGCGGCGAUGCCCAGCAGCAGGAGCAGCAACGUCAGCAAGAACCACAGACGCGGACGCAGGGGGAACCGGGCGGCGACAGAACGCACACACCGACCCGUCUGAACUUCUUAGGCCAGACGCCUCAGGAGGAGCAGGAGAUGAUGGAGCGACAAGUACUGCCCAGUGUGACAAGGUGUCUGGAAGCCGUGCCUGGAACCCCCAAAAGAGGCCUGAGAAACAUGACGGCAGAGGAGCACCGAGUCUGGGAAGUCUGGAACCGGCUAACAAUUGAGAAACUGGAGAGGAUGUACGGACCCGGUGGCACGCAUGAGAUUUGGGAUCCGAGGGACUCGCGCCUCCAGCACAAGCACAAGUCCAAGCCUAAGCCCAAGCCUGUAGCAGAAGCAGCAGAGGAGGAGAAACCGGAGAGAGUCGAUUACCCGACGUGGUUUCCCAUCGAUAGACCUAUCCCGUUCACUCACUGGGGGGGGAACGGCCACACCAACAGGAGCGGCGGAGGGAACAUCGAUCGCAACAGCAGCACCGCUACCGCUGUACCGGAGAUACCGUUCAGACAGAUCAAAGUCACCAACCCCAGGCCCCCCCUUCACCCCCCAGCAGGACUCCCAUCUUCCCUUCGACCCAGCUUCGCCCCAGGGGGAGGUAGCAGUCUCGACCACAACCACAGCUUCAGACCGGGCAUAGGAACGGCAACGGAAUUCGCGGCGCCCAUGAGCCAGCAGCACUCCCCCAGCGUCCUCGCAUUCAUGGCAAACAAGUACCCGCUCCCUCCCAACUCGCCGUCGCUGUCGCCGCCGCUACCUUAUGAGGGGCUGUCGCUCAGGCCGAGGCUGCCAGGCGCGGGGGACGCGGCUGCGAUGGAUAUGGAAGAGUGUGCUGAGGAAGGGGACGAUGAGAUGGACGUGGACGACGAGUGUGUGAAGAGGGAGGGCAGUGUUGGGCGUGAUGAGAAGGCUUGA